UCUGUAAUCAGAUUUGUUUCCAUUUAGCAAGUCUGCUUACUCUGUAUAGAAAAUGACAUGGGAAAUAAGUUGGUACAGUGACUAUUUACCGUUUUUUUUAUUAUGCUAAUUGAAUCUGAUUCUUUUCUUGUUAAACAGCUUUUCUGAACUAGUAUAAAAUCAUCUGGAUCAGUCUGCAUGCACAGAGGAGAAGCAUUCUCAGAUUCAUUUUUAAAAGAUUACAUUUUUUUUUUUUAGCAAGAACCAUUCGGUUAUGGGAGGACAUUGGAAAUCUCAGAUGAUGUUUACAUAGUGUCUGCAGCCCGUUGCAACAUGUCUGCAUGUUUGAGCGCUGAGGCAUUUCAAACACACCUGCAGGUGAUGGUGGGAUCGGCACAUUCGGGUCUGGUCUUGUAAGGAGAUGCCAGCCAGACACGGCUCAGGUGUAGAUUCCACUGCGGGAACGGCAUGUCCCAGCUGGCCUGUGUAAGGGAAGCCACGUCAAAGAGCACUUUGUACUGUUCAGAUGGAUCACAUAGGUGUUGGCUACCUGAGAGGGGUUUAUUUUCUUACUUUUUCUUGUGGGUCAGAUUCCAAAAGCACUCCCCGAAAGAAUAAAGAGCUCAAUUAAUUGGAUGUCUCUUAGCACAGUUUAUCGCAGUAAAUCUGUCAUUUUGUCAUUUUUCCCAUGGCGAUACUAGUAACUUAUUUAACUUGAGUUGCUCAGAUCAGACGGAAAUCGCUGGACUUGUGUUUCAGAGCUCUGAGCAACAAGAAUGAAUCCGCUAAAGGGUUGGAAAAGUUAAUUUUCUAUAGAACAACUGUUUAUAUUGUUUUUAUUAAUGAUGUACUGAAUACCACAGUACUUAUUGAGUGUUUCAUGUCUCCAGGGCUCAAUUUAAAAUUGAAAAACACCUGCACGGCCUUUGUGAAAAUACACUAGCGAGUACUGUAUUCCAAGCCGUCUGUUAAAACUAAAAUAAUAAUGAUGUAAAGACAAUGCAACUUGUGUAUUUUUAAGCCAUUUAUCUCCAAUUCUAAGCAUAUUGGGAUACUAAUCUGUGUAAUCAGAAGAUUGUGGAUCCUUUUUUUUUUUAAGGCUUUUUGAUUUCUUUUUUUAAUUAAAUAUCCUGUUGAGUCAUUUCAAGCCAGCCCCUUUCUGAUGAGUUCAUCGUGGGUCUCAGAGUUUUUCCAUGAAUUCUGUCCUUCAUUCCACCGGAGUCUGUGUCAUAACCAAUCAGAUUUCAGUAGAGUGAAGUACAAGAGACAUGGAGCUAAGACUUCCGCUUAGUGCCCACGACAGCCAACUCGCAGGACCAGCCAACAACGAAGAAGCUGAUCCAGUCAGAUCCGACCUCAACCAGUUACUGUACAGAUCAAGGUUUGGCAGACCUGAUUAUGCGAUUCUGAAGACGUGAGUCAGUGCCUUCUGCUCCAUGCAGAGAAUUGCUGAUGAUAUUGGGCUACACCAGAUGGACCGGAUUUCUGAUCUGCUCACCCCCACUGAGUGCCAAGAUCUGCACCAGGUCCUGACCAACCCAGAGCAGAACAUCCUGGAGGAAGUAGACCGGAUGUCCAAACAAAACAGCAACCUCGACAUUAAUGAGAAACGGAAGAAGCGAUCCAUCACUACCCCUGCAGAGUGUACGAGGAUCAUGAAGGAGUGGCUGGCCACUGUUGGAAACAGCAUGUAUUACGAUAGACUCGCCAGAGCAUUGCGGAAGAUCGGGAGGUCAGAUGUCUCAAGAGAGAUGGGGAAGAACAUCAACCAAGACAAGUCCCUGGGGAUGAAGAAGUAUGUGGAGGACUUCCAGAAGGGGGUCGAAGCCAUGAAGUCUUCCAUGAUAGCAGCUGACUCAGACAAGUCUGCAGACAGGCUCCGCUGGGAGAGAGAAUGUAAGACAAGACAGGCAGACAGACAGGCUGUCAAACAAACGGACAGGCAGGCAGACAGAACUGAUAUAUAGAACUGUUCCAAAGAUUUAAUUUCACACUACCAUCUACAUCACAGAAAGUAAUUAUAAAUAAGUAAUUCAUAUUUAAUGGAAUACAAAAACGCUACACCUCAGAUUGCUGGGUCUUUUACACAGUGCUAGAGACGAACUGGGCUGACUUGGAGCUGAUCAUCGAGAGACAGCAGCUGCCUCCGUACCCUAGGAAACUCUUUGACAGGAUUCGGCCCCUGAUUUACGGGAUCUUCUAUGGCUUUUCUGGGGCGUUUCUUGUCGGCGGGAUUGCUAUCUUCUUCUCCAUUAGGAUCAAGGAAUGAGACUUUGAGGAACUGUUAAUGCGUUCAACCUCCAGGAAGAAGCCCUGUCACUACCAGAGGCUGCGUCACCCAGCCGAUCUUCCAUCCUCUUCCGAUGAGGACAAGAGUGAAGACCACAAGAGCGAGCCCCCGAAGGGCAGGAAACCUGCAAAGAGAUUCCGCGACUACUUCCCUGCCUUCAACCUUGGCAAAACAAAUUCUGGAAAGAAUAAAGUCUGAUGUACAGAGGGGAUUGUUGUUGAUGUGACUCUGUGAAUGGAUGGUCACCUUAGUAAAUACUGUGUUGAGAUGAUUGUUUUCAUCUAUAUGCUAUGCAGAGACAAAGUGGUGAUACAAAUUUUGACGUGUCCCCUUUUUGUCACGUAUUGGUUCAAAACAAUCAGAAGUAAGCCUAGAAACAGUGCUACACAUGCAGUGAAUUGAAUGUAAAUACAAGUGUAAUUAUACUACAAAGCUACUCGAGUGUGCUGGUGAUUACGAGUUGAAUUACUCAGAAAUGUAGUAGUGUAAUUGUCCACUAAAUUCAGACAAUGCUAUGUUUAGCUCAAAACUAGUUUUGCUAGGGAACGCUCUGGCACCACAUGGACAAUUCUAUUAGCAGUUCAUUAAUUAAACUGGUAGUGCUACUUAUCACAUCCAGUUAAAGAGACAAUCACUCUUUCCUGCAGUUACAUAAAGGGUGGAGGAUACCCGAUGAUUAUUAAGGCAUAACCACAAAUAAUCAGCGAGGUGAGGAAAGAUAUGACUAACAGGGAACAAAGUCCUUCCUUCUGGACUGUGGUAUCUGUCACAAAUAAAAACAAGCUCUCAAGAGAAGAGAUUGAAACUGGAAACCAAAUCAAGCCAAUCAGACGGCACUCUAAAUUAGCUUUCGACUCUUUUCAGGCGUUUGACUGACACACACAUUAUCCCUUAGUUUGUUUUCAUUUCCACAAGGUGCCAACGCGUACAUAAUUGGAUUCCCCAUAGGACCCCCAGUCCUGGUUUAUAUUCUCAACAGUGCAAAUUAAGAAACUUCAUUAGGAAACAUCAUUCGCACUUAAACAUUCAGUAGAUUGCAAAGCAGUGGCUAAUUAUAAAAGCAAUGGGUGGAUGUUGGGAAGAACUAAAGGCUUAAAUUAAAUUUGCAGCCCAUGAUGUCAGUGCUGUUUCUGCUAUGUUAGGAUCAGGUUAGGGUGCACAUCAGCUGGGGUUUCAUUUUCUGUUUUUUUUUGUAUUUGUUUUUUAUUUAAAUAAUAAUUCUGGUAUUCAUUUUUAAUUUGAUUUUGUUAUGAAUGUUCAGAUUUUAAAGGAUGAAUCACAGUCACGCAAGCAAUGACAAAGUACUGAUCCCAUUAAUACGAGCUGUCCCCAUUAAAUAUUCCUGAAUAUUGAGUUGGAGCAGGAUGUUCCGUGUGGGAAGGGUUACGGCAACAAGGCUGGAUUUGGAUUGGUAGAUAGAGUAAUUAUUAUUUUUUUGGUUAAUUUUUUAGGCUUCAGGGUCUGGAUGCAUUGUAUUGUGCAAGUAUAGAAGUUACUAAAGCAUUUUUUUGAAUUAACAGGGAAAGAAAGAGAUCUGUUUGAAAGUGGUUAAAGAUGUUUGUAAAAAGAAAUGUUUUUUUGGCAUGUGUGGACAAAACAUUAUUCAUAACUGUCAAGGUCUCUUUAUGAAAUCAAGAGCUGUAGCGCCAAAACAAACAAACUGAUUUUUGUCCCACUGAGACUCACUUAGUUCAAUUGAAAUCCUCAUUAUUGGAAGAGAAGCAACAUCAUUCUGAUUACAUCAGUACAGGCAGCCUCACCAUGCACUUUCUCCUGCACCUCCAUUCACUUCUGGAACCAGCAGUUUUGCAAACUGUUGCCACUUUCAAUUACUUCUCUCACCGACAUAAUUAGCGGAUCUGGUGUUUGCAUUCGAUGUGCUAUCGAAAUUAGACAGUGCUAAUUCCGGUCCUUGCUGAAACACUGUUAAAACGAUGGGUAUCCAUGUCAAAGUGCUGAGGAAAAGCUUAGCAAGCCAAGUGGGGCAAGUGUGCCAGAAAAACGGCUUCCUCUGCCAAGAACAGCGGAAACUAAUUGGAUAUGCAGUACAGUAUAUAGUAAAGGUACAUUUCACACAUACAAAACACUGGUUCAGUAGGUCUAACACUUUUAUAUUGCUACUUUCAUAUUUUAGUCAUUAAAACCUCACAGAUUGUCUUAGCCAUUAUCACCCCAGCAGAAUAUCUGAGCUUAAGUGAAACAUAGUGAUGAAUUAAUGGCAGUAUAAAAAUAAUGUGGUAACACUUUAGA